CUUUGAUACUGUUAAGUGAUUUUGAAAUUCUGAAAUUCACCAAAGGCGAGAAAUUCUGAAACACUCCCUAGCCCGGGCUUGAUUACGUUGGAAUUUGGCUUCCUUUCACAGAUUCAGGUGUAUCACUGUCUUCUGUCCCCUUGUUUCCCUUUGUAUUUCUAUGGGUGAUCGCUUAGUGUGUUCCUGAUACUUGUUCCACAAGUUCCUUGCUUGAUCAUUUAAUCGGUUGAGGAAACAAUGAACAAAUUCGGAAAUUCUGAGAAUGAGUUGUCGGAUUUCUUUUCGAUGUUGCCUGAAUCUCUUACUCAUCACAUAUUGUCAUAUCUUCCGUUCAAGGAUAUCGUCCGUACUUCAGUCUUGUCUAAGUUGUGGAGUCGCAUUUGGUUCAAUUACCCUAACGUCGAUUUGUUUUUGCAUGAGGAGAGUUACAUGGAUACACUACAUCGUCUCUCUUUCAUAGAUCACAUUAAUUCAGUUAUGGAUCAAUGCAUUCUUCGAAAAGCUUGCAUUCAGAAGUUGCAGUUAAAAGUUUCUGCUGGUAACCUGGAGGAGUUGGCUCCCAUUAUGGAUCAGUGUUUGAGGGCUGCAAUUGAGAGGAAUGUCUCUGAGUUAGUGAUUGAGAUGAAUUUUAGGCCAACAACUUACUAUAAUAUUCCGAAGGAAGUAUUUGUCUCUAAUUCACUAAAGGUCUUAGAGCUUCAUGGCUGUAAGUUUGAGGAUAGUUUUUCCUGCACUAAUCUUCCACAUCUACAAAAGCUCAGAACCGUGCGGUGCCUGUUUGCUGGUGAGAACGUCUUAUCCAAGAUUUUAUGUGGCUGUCCUGAGUUGGAGUAUCUGGAAGUUUUGAUUUCUGAGGGCAUGAGAAGUUCUAUCUCGGUUUCAUGUAAACCUAGAUUGAAAUAUUUUUAUAUCGGGUGUCGCCACGAGCUCAAGAGGAUUGAGAUCUUUGUGCCCAGUCUUGAAACGUUAAAAUGUUAUUUUGCGUAUUCAUGUUCGAUUGACUUGGCUAGUUGCACUCUUCUCAAACAUUUGGAAAUAAACCACGCUAUCCUCUCUUCUGAUUACGUCCCCAUUCAGUAUCUUUUAUCUAACCUUCUCCAAAUUGAAGAAUUGCAUUUGUCUAACUGUAAAUCAGCUGACAAAAUUCAAAUAGCAAGUUCAUGCCUCAAGAGACUUGUCAUUACCGAGUCACACAAAAACUUUCCUGGUGCUGAACUUGACAUCCCAAAUUUACUUAGUUUAGACUUCUUUUCUAUGGGUGAAUGUAAUACAAAUAACCGGUUCAGUUCUUGGAAUGUUCCCAAGGUAGAAGAAAUUCACAUGGCGUUUUCUGUUAAAAGCUUUCAGAGUGCUUGCAGGGGUGGACUGAAGGGGUUCCUUAUGCAGUUACAAAAUUAUGAAGAUGUGAAAUUGAUUAUACAGUGCAGAGGUGAACAGGAUCUAAUUAUGCAUGAGAAACUGCACGCAGUUUCCUUUUCUUCUCUGAAUAAAUUCUUAAAAAAGGCAAAGCCAGAAUUUUUGCUCAUAUCAUCCAGAAGAGAUGAUUCGUUCUUGGCACGUAUUUUGGUUUCUAGAGAAGACACUAUUAGUCUAUCCAUGAUAUUUUCUUCUCGCAGAAGCAUAGAGUUGCUGCACGAGAAACUGUGCAAUGAAUCAUUUCUGAAGCGUUAGUAUAGGGAAUUUGAGCUGAUUUUUAUCGAGGACAUAGAGCAUGAAGUGGACUCUGAUGUGAAACACUUCAUGAAGACCCAAUCAACAGGUUACCACACUGCUAGAAUAAUCUUCAUCAAGAAGAGUUUGAUGGAAAUGAUCUGUUCAAUGUAGCAUGUGUUUGAAAAGCGCUAGGUGGUGGCCCCUGGCCGGGCAUAAUCAGGCCUACAUGGGCCUAGAACAAGAAAAAACCUCUAGUGCAGCAUGCUGCAUUGCUGUUUAUAUUGACAUCAAUCAGAUGAUACUGCUGUCUGUAACUCUGGGCUCUUGCAAUGACAAUCCAUUCUAAAAGGCGUUUAGAUUUUUUACAUUCUCUCCAAGUCGUUAGUUUUUUUAUGACAUAUGUCCUCUGAGGCCUUGGUCCUUUUCUAGAACAAUUUGCAUCUUGGUUUUACAUUAUCAAUCUUGUCAGGAG